AUGUCACAGGUUAAACAAGUGGGACUUCUGGCUGCUGGAUGUCAGCCAUGGAACAAGGAUGUAUGUGCUGCUAGCGGGGACAGAUUUGCCUACUGUGCUACCCUUGCUAUUUAUAUUUAUCAGCUGGAUCGCCGAUACAAUGAAUUCAAGCUCCGGGCAAUUAUGUCUGAGCACAAGAAGACAAUUACAGCCAUAUCUUGGUGUCCCCACAAUCCUGACAUGUUUGCAAGUGCCAGUGCAGAUAGUUUAGUGAUUAUUUGGAAUGUGACUGAACAGAAAGUUGUGGCCAAGCUGGACAAUACUAAAGGAAUUCCUGCGUCACUUAGCUGGUGCUGGAAUGCAGGUGAUGCAGUUGCAUUUGUGUCCCACAGAGGUCCGUUGUACAUUUGGACUAUCUCAGGACCUGACAGCGGGGUAACUGUACAUAGAGAAGCACAUAGUUUCUUAUCCGAUAUCAGUCUGUUCAGAUGGCAUCCAAAGAAAAAAGGAAAGGUAGUAUUUGGACAUACUGAUGGAAGCCUAUCUAUUUUUCAGCCAGGUUCUAAAAGUCAGAAACAUGUCUUGAGACCAGAGUCUCUUGAAGGAACAGAUGAAGAGGAUCCAAUUACAGCGCUGGAGUGGGACCCUUUGUCAACUGACUACCUUCUUGUUGCUAAUUUGCAUAAUGGUAUUCGACUGGUUGAUUCUGAAUCUCUGUCCUGUAUCACAACUUUUAAUUUUCCCAGUGCAGCAGCAUCUGUUCAGUGUUUAGCCUGGGUUUCUAGUGCACCUGGAAUGUUCAUAACUGGAGAUUCUCAGGUUGGUGUGUUACGUGUUUGGAAUGUGUCACAUGCAACACCUAUAGACAAUUUUAAACUGAAGAAAACUGGCUUCCAUGGUUUGCAUGUACUAAGCUCUCCUCCAAAGAAAAAGUCAUGUUCAUCACAGCAUCCUACUAAAAAUCACUACACAUCCUCAACAAGUGAGGCUAUUCCUCCUCCAACUUUAACUCAAAACCAAGCAUUUUCUCUUCCUCCUGGUCACGCUGUCUGUUGCUUCAUGGAUGGUGGAGUAGGACUUUAUGACAUGGGAGCCAGAAAGUGGGAUUUCCUUAGAGAUUUGGGACAUGUUGAGACCAUCUUUGAUUGCAAAUUCAAACCUGAUAACCCUGAUCUUCUUGCUACAGCUUCAUUUGAUGGCACAAUUAAAGUUUGGGACAUAAAUACUUUAACAGCAGUUUACACAUCUCCUGGUAAUGAGGGGGUUAUUUAUUCCAUUUCUUGGGCUCCAGGAGAUCUGAACUGCAUAGCAGGUGCAACAUCCAGAAAUGGUGGCUUCAUCUGGGAUGUCCAAAAAGGCAAAAUGAUAACCAGAUUCAGUGAGCAUGGAAAGAAUGGAAUCUACUGCAUUGCCUGGAGUCAUAAAGAUUCCAAAAGAAUAGCAACCUGCAGCAGUGAUGGAUUUUGUAUUAUUCGAACCAUUGAUGGCAAGGUUCUUCACAAGUACAAACAUCCAGCUGCAGUAUUUGGCUGUGAUUGGAGUCAAAACAACAAAGAUAUGAUAGCUACUGGUUGUGAGGAUAAAAAUGUUCGUGUUUAUUACUUGGCAACCAGCUCUGAUCAGCCACUGAAAGUUUUUACAGGGCAUACUGCAAAGGUUUUUCAUGUACGGUGGUCUCCUCUGAGAGAAGGAACCCUCUGCAGUGGCUCUGAUGAUGGUACUGUUCGAAUAUGGGAUUAUACACAGGAUGCUUGUAUAAAUGUUCUUAGUGGACAUACAGCUCCAGUACGGGGACUGAUGUGGAAUCCUGAAAUUCCUUACCUUCUGGUAUCUGGCAGUUGGGACUAUACAAUUCGAGUCUGGGACACAAGAGAUGGAACAUGUUUGGACACAGUUUGUGAUCAUGGUGCAGAUGUGUAUGGAUUAACAUGUCAUCCUAGUCGUCCAUUUACUAUGGCAUCUUGCUCUCGUGACUCCACUGUGAGACUCUGGUCAUUGACACCUCUUAUAAAUCCUCUACAAAUGAGUAUCUUAGCAGAUAGAUGUUGGGACGAGAUUAUUGGUAAUACAGAUCGUGCUGUGGAAUCUGGUGCUCCUCCUUUGCUGUGUGGUAAAGUUUCCAGAGAUAUUAAACAAGAUGUGGAAAAAAAACCAGGAAAUGCUCGAGUAAAAAAACUAAGGUGGUUUUCAGAAUGUUUUUCACCUCCAGGAGGCAGCAAAAAUUUAUGGGAUUUGGUUGCUGUAAUAAAAGGACAGGAUGACAGUUUACUUCCACAAAACUACUGCAAAGGAAUUAUGCAUAUGAAACAUCUCAUUAGAUUUAGAAUGUCCAGGGCACAAGAACUGACAACAGUAAAAAUGUCCAAGUUUGGAGGUGGUAUUGGUGCACCAAGCAAAGAAGAGAGGCUUAAAGAAGCUGCAGAAAUACAUUUAAGACUAGGACAAAUUCAGCGAUAUUGUGAACUAAUGGUAGAACUUGGAGAGUGGGACAAAGCUCUCUCAGUUGCACCUGGAGUUUCAAUGAAAUAUUGGAGGAAUUUAAUGCAAAGGAGAGCUGAUCAGUUAAUUCAGGAAGAAAAUGAUGAUGUCAUCCCAUACUGUAUAGCUGUAGGAGAUGUGAAGAAACUAGUGUCUUUCUUUACUGCAAGAGGCCAGCUUAAAGAGGCUCUUCUUGUUGCACAGGCAGCUUGUGAGGGAAAUAUACAGAUAUCACCACUCUCCACAACAGAUGGAUCUUCAAAUUCUGAUGGAAACAAUACAGAUGAUUAUAAUGAGCUUCUGCACAACGUCAGUAAAGAACUGGCAGAAUGGUAUUUCCAGGAUGGCCAUGCAGUGCUUGCAGCAUGUUGCCAUCUGGCUGUUGAAAAUAUAGAGCUUGCGAUGGCAAACCUGAUUCGUGGAAAUGAACUGGAGUUGGCAAUCAGUGUGGGUACUGUCUUAGGAGAAAGUGCAGCACAAGCAACACAUUAUGCCCUAGAAUUACUAGCAAGAAAAUGUAUGACAGUAACAACAUGCUUUCCAUCACUUGGAUACAGUAACUACUGUGCCAUCUUCUGUUUAUGCAGGGAUUUAGCAGCUGAUCUUCUUAUGAUGAUUCCUGAUAAUAAACUGCAAUUAGCAAAGCUGUGUGCUUUUUAUCCUGGAUGCACAGAAGAAAUAAAUGACCUGCAUGAAAAGUGUAAUCUUCCUGAUGUAGAAGAAUGCAUGCAGUUGGCAGAGACAAAUCAGGCAGAUGGGGAUAUAUUUGAAACUAUAAAGUACUAUCUGUUAAGCACAGAACCUGAAAAGGCUCUCCCUAUUGGCAUUCAGUAUGUGAAAAAGCAACUUUGUGGCUCAGAUUGGACUUUAGAUUCCAUCUGUCCAUACCUUGAUCUUCUAAGUUAUAUACGCACCGAACGAUUAGUGUUGCAUAAAUGUAGUGAAUUUCGGAAUGAGUUGCUGAUUUUAUGUGGUUACAUUGGUGCUUUACUUGCUAUCAGAAGACAGUACAAUAGCAUUGUACCUGCACUUUAUGAGUAUACAAGUCAGCUUUUGAAAAGACGGGAAGUAUCUGUACCUUUGAAAAUUGAACAGCUUUCUGAGGAACUGGAUGCAUGGAGAGCUUGUACUCAGUUAAACAAGCCUACUGAUGAAUCGCCAUGCACCCCGCCAUCUGAAUUGCAGAGAGCAGUGUAUUCCAUACUUGUAUCACGAAUACAAGAGGAGCCUUUGAAAGGAAUGGUUGGGCCAGACUGCGUCACUGGAUCAAAUCUUCCUAGUCAUUCAGAUGUUCACAUCUCUUGUUUGACAGGGCUAAGGAUACAGGGUCCAGUGUUCUUCCUCGAAGAUGGAAAAUCUGCUAUUUCACUGAAUGAUGCUUUGAUGUGGGCCAAAGUGAAUCCUUUUUCACCACUAGGAACAGGAGUACGACUUAACCCAUUUUGA